GUUGUUACACUGGUUGGCAGCGUCGGGAUAUUGAUAUUAGGUUCUGCCCUAUCAAGACCCACAUUUAUGUAUUUUUAGUGAAGCUUGUAUUUUUUCUACAAUAUUGUAAUUGUUACAUUUCAAGUCAGGUAUUUUCAUAUAUUUUCUGUUAGGCCAGUUAAAAUUUACUGUACACAUUUAAGAUAACUUAACACAUAGCACAACAAUGGGUAUUAAUCUUCCUCCAGCCUCUAAUAGUGAAAGUGGAAUUUCUCAAUUAAAGAUUCAUCUUAGUACAUAUGAUGGAACAACAAGUUUUGAGAACUUUAUUAUACAAUUUGACAUAAUCGCGACAUAUUUACAAUGGGACAAUUACACCAAGGCUGUUUACCUAGUCAGCUGCUUACACGACAAAGCACUUUCCGUACUAAGUGCUAUGGAUUCAACAGAGCGAAUGGAUUAUGAUGCUGUUGUGCGUAAUUUAAUACUCUAUUGUGAUGACCAACACACAUGUGAUUAUUGUUUGAAACAACUGUAUGAUCGAGUGCGAUUACAUGGAGAGACACUUACCGAUCUUGCACAUGACCUUGACCUUGCGGUGACCAGAAAAAUGCUUUGGCUGUCAGAUACUUUUUUAGUGCCAUCUCUGAUGAGGCGCUAA